GUGCUCGAUAACCACUGCUUGUGACCAGCAUUUAGAACGGGAUUUCGUGUGGGUCGACGUUGCAACACCCAUGUGCGUUCAAUCGCUUUAGUGGUCGAAGUCGGCAGUGUGCUGGUGAAAGGUCGUUGUCAAACUAUGUUGCGAGCUCAUUGCAAUUGUGGGGUAAUUGAACGCCAAGGGUAGCCACACGACUCGAGCGUCGCCCCCCGGUGGUCGGUCUGCAUCGUUACUAUUUGGUCUUGUUGUCUACCGGUAGGUACUGCGAAAGUUACGCACAACUGACGCGAGUAUGAACCAACCGGGGGUCUUGUUGGAUGGCUCUUGACUUUACGACCUCUUGGAAGUCUUGUCAUUCUUCAAGUUGCCAGCUAUGAAGUACUUCGCCCCUGCGUGCUUGCUCUUGGCCAUCUCGACCGCGACGUUGUGGGAUUCGGUUCUAAAAUUAGAAAUCUGGUACAUAACUGCUCCAAGGGCAUUCUACUCACUUGCCGCGCCACGAUGACCGACCACGACCCGCAAAACGACUUUCAGUUCACCAACGAAUCGCUCGACAAGUAUGCCACGUACGAAGACUACUUGGACUCGCAGAUUUCCGAGACGGACAUCUUCUACUUGGAAGACGAAGAGCUGGCGCGGCAACUCGUCGAGUUGGGCUACCGAGGGACUGGGGAAACACUUCGACGCGAGGACUUCGACGCGCGGAAAAAGAUGGAGCGUGACCGAAAUGCACAAAAGACAAACCUUCCCAAGCAGCUCGCGAGUGCCGGCAAGGACUUUUCGCAGCUUGCGUUCCUGUCGGCAUUGGCGAAUCGCGAAGAGAUGGUGCGCAACGGCAAGUUGACGUCGAUCGUUUUCAUUCGAGACCACAAUUCCAAAGGUCAAGAAGUCAGCGGGUACAUUGACUACGCGCUGCGACUCAAGUCGGAAGCGUUUGAGCCGUACUUUGAGCGCAAGAAGCGACUGCUGCCGAAACCGUCCGACUUGAGCUACUACAACUGGGAAACGCAAACGUGCACGUCCAAUUCAAGUCCAAACUUUCAGGUGAUUGCCGACAGCGAAACGGGGCUCCUGUUCAAGAACAAACGGGAUCGAAAAGUGAUCAACGUCGACCCCAAGGCCAAUCCAGGCGACAAUUCCACACGCACCGAAAUCAAAACCAACGAAUACAUGCAGGUGGUCAUAUACGACCACAUGACACGCCGCAAGAAUUAAUUGCGUCAUGAGCACUGCUAGCUAGCUAGUACUACUAGUAGUACUGCUCAAUAUUCGAGCAAUGUUUUUUGGCGUUUGGACGACGUAUACCGACGUUUUUGAAACGACUGGAUGAGGUCGGCCGCCGUUUGAAUGGGCGCAGCUUUGCUGUCGCGACGAGGUUUGCCGACUGGGGUUUCGGUGGCUGGCAGGGAUUCGGUCGAUG